AUGUCAAGUUUGUUUUCAUCCGCUGAUUAUACCGUUGAGGAUGCAUUUUCAAAAUUGCCCUUUGGCGAAGAUGUGCUCAGCUCAAUUCCUUUGGGACCUGAUUCAAACAGGUACAAUAGUGCUAAUUACUCCGAGACUUUUAGAAACAAAGCCCAUACCCAGCUCUUGCUUGAUUCAAUUCACCCAGAUGUAAACACACAUCCAAAAUUGUUCAAUCGUGCCGCAAAGGUCUAUGCCAGUCGCCCAUGCUUGGGAACUAGACCUUAUGAUUAUGAGAGAAGGAAACUGGCCAAUCACUUUGAAUAUUUCACUUACAAGGAGGUGCAUACAAAGAAGAACAACAUUGGUGCAGGAAUCAUUAAAUCGCUCAAUGCUAACAAGCAUCUCAAUUUAGAGUUGGAAGCACAUAGGAAAGUUGCAAACCAUUUGAAAGACUGGCAAACAUAUGGUGUGCCUAAUUAUCUCCGUGACAAUAAAGACCACAUCAUUGAAAAAAGUUGCUCAUUUAUUGUAUCGAUUUUUGCUGUCAAUAGAUUGGAAUGGGUCGUGACUGAUUUGGCAUGUUCUUCCUACUCCAUUACAAAUACCGCGUUGUACGAUACAUUAGGACCUAACGUGUCACAAUUUAUAUUAAAUGCAACAGAAAGUCCUAUGGUUGUCUGUACUCUUGACAAAGUGGAAACAAUACUCAAUUUGAAGAAGGGGUUCCCCGAACAAACGAAAUCUUUGAUCUCCAUAGUUAUCAUGGAUCCAAUUAGAUUCUUGGAUGCCAGGUUGAGCAAGUUGGCUGAGGAAUUGAGGGUUGAAAUCACCGACUUGCAAGCUAUUGAAGAGUUGGGUCGAGCAAAUCCAAUUCAAGAAUUACCUCCACGUCCUGAUACUCUUUUCACCAUUUCAUUUACAUCGGGAACGACUGGUGCAAAUCCUAAAGGUGUUAUGAUUCCACACAGAAUGGCUGCUUCAUACAUUUCGUUUUUGGCAUGCGUUGAGCCACAAGCUAAGCCAGGUGAUAUUGCCUUCAUUUUCUUGCCAUUGACUCACAUCUACGAAAGGCAAACAAGUGCAUAUGCACUUUCAGGUGGGUACGCGCUAGGUUUCCCUCAAACCACCGUUGGCCAAACUGGAAUUAAUACUUUUGCCAAUAUGAUUGACGAUUUGAGAGUUUUACAACCUACAUACAUGUCUAUUGUUCCAAGGUUGUUGACUAGGUUGGAGGGUUUAAUCAAGGCGAAAAUCAAAGAAUUAGAUGCAACUGAGCAGCGUAGAGUCAAUCAAAUCAUUGAGUAUAAACUUCACCAACAGGCAAAACAUGAUGGAGAACUGGGCUAUGAUACAAUGUUUGAUUCCUAUGCCCCUUACUACAACUUGCGUAAAUCCAUCGGCUACAGCAGGUUGAAAUGGGUGCAAAGUGCAUCGGCACCUCUUGCGCCAUCUACUAUAGCAUAUCUCAAAGCAAGUUUGAACAUUGGUGUACGUCAAUUGUACGGCUUAACAGAGUCAGGUGGGGCUAUCACAUCGACCACUGAGUAUGACUCCAAACCAGGUACUUCUGGCUCCAUUGCGCCUACAGCGGAAUUGAGAUUACGUGGUGUGAGAGACAUGGGAUAUGACGUGAGCAAAUUGGAAGGUGAAGUGAUGUUGCGUGGACCACAAAUGUUCAAAGGAUAUUACUAUAAUCAAGAAGAGACAGAUAAAUGUAUCAAUGAGCACGGUUGGUUCCAUACCGGAGAUAUAGGAUGUAUUGACGAUCGGGGAAGAUUAGCCAUUAUUGAUCGUGUGAAAAACUUUUUCAAGUUGGCACAAGGAGAAUACGUUUCUCCUGAAAAGAUUGAAAAUCGUUACUUGUCAGCCAACCCAAUCAUUAACCAAUUGUAUGUUCAUGGAAAUUCUUUGAAAUCGUAUUUGGUGGGAAUAGCAGGUAUCGAUUACGAGCAAGGACUCAAAUUCCUCAAUGGUGAAUUUGGUAUCAACAGAAUUGGCAUGAGUGAGGAGGAGAUGUUGACCCACAUGAACAAAAUCGAAGUCAAGACAAAACUCUUGCACGUUUUGAAUGACAAUGUCCGUGGCCAAUUGAAUGGGUUUGAGUUGUUGCACAAUAUCCAUAUUGAGAUUAAUCCAUUGACUGUUGAAAGAGAUGUUGUUACGCCUACUUUUAAGUUGAAAAGACCAGUUGCUCAAAAGUUUUUUGCCAAUGCCAUUCACAAGUUGUAUGAGAUUGAACAAAGUUUAAUUGUGGGAGCAAAAUUGACAAUAGCCAAGUUGUGA